CGGACUGCCAAUUCCUUGUGUGAUGCGCGGAGUCACGGCGAAGCACAGAGAAGCGCAGAGCGACUAGGGUUUUAAGAGAUAAUGGCUGGGUCGUGGACGGAUUUCCUGGCGUCCGUUGGGAUUUUAUUUCUCGUCAUUAACAACAAAGUUUUGGCACAAGUUGUCCAGGCAGAAAAUGUAACAGUCAUUGAAGGUGGCACUGCAGAGAUCAACUGCAAACUUCAUAACUAUGACGGAUCAAUUGUGGUUAUCCAGAACCCAGCUCGACAGACCCUCUUCUUCAAUGGAACAAGAGCUCUCAAAGAUGAGCGGUUUCAGAUGGUCCUCUUCAGUCCACGUUUAGUCAAGAUUGCCCUGUCCAAUGUAAAUGUCAAGGAUGAGGGGGGCUACUUCUGCCAGCUCUACACUGAUGAUACACAUCACCAAGUUGCAACGCUCACUGUGCAAGUUCCUCCAGCAGAGCCAACAGUGGAGGUGAAGGAGCAGGCAGUAGAGGGUGGAGAGGUAGAGCUGACCUGCAUCGUCCCCCGAAGUAAACCACCGGCCUCGGUGCGCUGGUACAGAGAGCGGCGAGAGAUCAUCGGGGUGACCAGCCAGCAGGAGAAUGACAAGACUGUGAGCAUCUCGAACACCAUCCGUUUCCAGGUGGACAGAAAGGAUGACAAAGCCAUAGUGUCCUGUGAGGCCACUCACCCGGCCCUGCGCGGCCAGAAGAGGGUCAACAAUUAUGCCCUCAAUGUACAUUACUCGCCAAAGGUGAAGAUCCAGUACCCCGCUGGAGUUCUUCGUGAAGGGGACACCCUGACCCUGAUGUGCACAACUAUGGGAAAUCCUGAGCCUGAAAGUGUUGAGUGGACUCGCCUGAACGAUUCACUUCCAGACAGGACAGAAAUUCAGGGUAAAGCAUUAACAAUCCCACGGCUGAGCAUGAUGGACAAUGGGACCUAUGUAUGUGAAGGAGAAAAUCAGUAUGGACGGUCGGUGGAUGAGUACGUCCUGGUUGUGUACGAAGUUCCCAUCCAAACUGAAGAACCCACAGAGGUUUCCAACUUCUCUGAGCUCCCUAAAGAUCCUGGUGCAAUUGUGGAAGCUCAGAGCUCAGUGCCCUACGCAAUCAUCGGGGGGAUCCUGGCAGUGCUGGUAUUCGCAGUCAUCUGUGUCCUCAUCAUCAUUAUCUGGUGCUCUGUUAGACAGAAAGGCUCAUACCUGACACAUGAAGCUAGUGGCCUGGAUGAGCACGGAGAAGUGCAAGAGGCCUUCCUCAACGGUAAUGAGAAUCGAGAAGGGAAGAAGGAGUAUCUACUGUAAUAUUAAAAUGAAAAAAGUAAAUAAAUGAAUAAAUAAAAUAAACCACACACACAGAAAAUACAGAAAAAAAAACAAAACCCUCAGGCCAUAAAGGGCAUGGUGAACUUGUUUGAAGAGGGGUAGGUGAAACAAAAAGUCCUGAUUUUUAUGUUGGCUAUGUUUUUUUUAUUAUUAUUAUUAUUAUUAUUAAUUUGUUUUACACAGAAACACGUCCAGACAGACUUGCCCCGAUUGUGGAUUUGGAGAUUCUGAACAGUGCAGGGACACGCUUUGUGUCUGCCAUAUGUCUUAAGUGCAGUAUUUUUGUAUUUGUGUUCUGUACGCUUUUUCCACCUUGCACAUUACUGCUGGACUGAAUACCACUAGCUUGUUGGGUGGGAUAGAAAUGGGGAGAGUGUGCGUUUCUAGGGCGGUGGCAGUUGUACCCAGAGUCAGCAGGACUGUGUGUCAGAUGUUCACUGUUGGGUCCAGGGACAAUCUUGCAGGUUGCUAUCUCUCUUGUUGUUCUGCUUGAGCUGAAAUGUUGAGAAUCUUGUGUACUGAGGCAAAAGGUGACAGUCAGUAGAAGUGGCACUUAACACAUAAUCGCUUUGAUUACAACUCAGUGCCACCAAGUAAUGAGCUGCUGACAAUAAAAAAAUAGUUAGCAACAUCCUUUUGAAAUUUUUUUUGAUCCUAGAGCUUGUCCCACGCUUGCAUGGGUUCUCAUCCCAUCAAUCUACACAGGUUCCGAUUGAGGGAAUCUUAAGAGGCGAUGUUCACUUGUCGCAUAUCCUCUUUCAGGCAGUCCAGCCAUCGUUUUUUCUGCCACGCUUUCUUCUUGGACUUUAGGUUGUCGCCGCAAACCGUGUGUCCGUAAUUUCAAAGGUGGGGUUCACACAUUUACUUGAUGACAGGCACCACUCCCAGAAUUCUUCACACAUUGUUACUCAUGACACGGUCCAGCCCUGUUAGGCCAACAGAGCAUUUUCAUCUCCACGGCAUGGAGGGCUUGUUCAUGCUUCAUUGCUGCAGGCUAACAAUCCAUUCUGUACAAGCGACAGGGCGGGCGACAGUUUUGUAGAUUUUCAAAUUCAAAUAAACUGAAAUAUAAACCAGUUACUUUGUAAUGUCAGGAAGCCUCCCCACCCAAGCCAACUUGGCUACAAGCAACCCCAUGAAAGAGACCGCUCACCCUGUAAGCUGCAUAGUAAAUUGACCCUGGAGUCCUGAGUUGUUAUCCUAAACUUACAAUUAAGUGUCUCAGUUCGUCAGCCCUGUUCUCGAGAUCGUAUGCAUUCUGCUCUGUUUUGAGCCAUGAACAAUCAAACUCAGAUAGUAAGAUUGCAGGGUGUGGGGUGAAAUAGUACAAUCCCUGGACCAGGAAAUGCAAGGCUAUGGUUUCAUUUACUUUUUCUUGUAAAUUAAAGAAUAUUUAUUUCACUUUCUCACUAGCAGCUUUGGAGAAGUACAAUCUAUAACAGUAAAGGUUAUUAAUUUUAUGUAAAUUGCUGGGUUCUUGGACAUACAGUGUACACAAAAAUACCCCCUUUGUGCUCUCUUGGGAAGCCUGGAUAACCCAAUCACUAGAUGUUCAUGGGACCAAAUUAAUUUGUGGUUCUUCUGCAGUGGAUUUUAAUUGUUAGGUGAGGUUUGAACACCGGCCGGACACGUUUGGUGGGCACAGCUCCUUUUAGAUAUCCACAGUCAGAUAAAUGAUUCUGCCUGUAAAAUUCUAGAAGGAUCUGGAAAACACUAAUGAACCACAAUGCUGGUCACCCAUCUACUGUAGCCUGCCCUGACAGGACUAUGCAUUUAAGAAAUGCAAAGCAACCAUUAUUGUCUUCAACACUCCCCAUCUGGCUCUGCUGUCAUUAUAGUCCACUUUUCUAUUUUUGCCUUCUUAGCUUUGUGAAAGUCUGGACCAGAUGGUAGCAGACCCCUGUUAUAAACCAGUAGGACUGUUGAAAGUAGUGGUCACCUGGACAAUGAGCACUCGGAUGUCAUUUUUAUCUUUUAUCCAGCCUCCUUAACCCAUAGGCCUUAAUCGCACCAGAAACUCUCACGCAGCAGCCGCAGGCCUCCACUCUUGAAGUUCUUUGGAUCAUAAGUGGCUUCUGUCCUUAUAAGCGGUUCACACGUAUUGAAAGCUUCCAUCCAUUUUCUGUUAGAAGAACUGCAGGGUCAGUUGUAUCCCUACACGCACUUGCAUUGGGCUAACUAACCUAGCAUGCAUGUCUUUGCAAUAUUUGAGGAAAACCUUGCAGUAUCUACACAGAACCGGCAUUUGAACCUUGGACAGCUCUGUCUCCACCCAUAUCGUAUGUAACAAAUGUCUAAACCGAUAGCUCAAACAUGGUUUGUUACCUGCUUCGAUCUUGCAGUGCACCCCUUCAGCACAUGUCAGGUAUGUGGCCUGCCUCUCGGUGACUUGCUGUCUUAUAAGAUGAAGUGCACCUCCCUUCUUAAUUUCUCUAGAUGAAAGCUGUAGGAAAUAGAGGGUUGACUUAAUGAUUACUACCCAGAAUCCGUCAUCGUUCCUUGCACUGCUUUCUGCAACACUGAUCCCUGCCGCAUUAGGCAUAAUUACAGAGCUAAUAAAGCGGGAAUAAAACUCACUCCAACUGCUUCCUAGACAUCUGCCAGCCAGGCCUCUAAUACUGUCAAGAGAUAAAAAAAUUAAAAAAAAAUGAAAUUACAACAAAUCCCCCAAAUGCGGUUGAGAACCAGAGCUGUGGAGAGAGAUGGUUGUGGACACUGGGUGCAAUGCUGAUAUGAUACAGCUCAGUGAAUGUCUAACAAGGAGACACAUUAAUCAAACAGACAAAUAGCCGGCCUUCCAGGCAGCAUGUGCUACUGGGAGCGUCCCCCUUUGCAUGGCUCCACUUGGCCAACGUGGUCUCCGUCUAACAUGCCACUGGCCCUUUUAUGUUCACAUGAGUAUCAGUCUUCACAUCUGCAUCAGAGCACCAAGCUGCCUUUAAUGAUCAGACUGGCAUUAUUCUCAGUUGGCACUCGGCACAAAUUGUUAUUUGCCCGCAUCCCUAGGGGUUAAGGAUGGUGGGAUCAAAGCGACUGUGCACUUUUUCAGUCAUCUGCAGUCUGAUCCUAAGCCUUAGAAAGAACCAAACGGGGUGCGUUCUCACACAAAAGCACCCCGCUGUUUGGGGAAAUGCUACAUCUCCGGGGAUGCAGGCUUGAAAGUAUCCUCUCUCGGCUCUCAUGGGCUCCCGGAUCGUGUUUCCUCUCUUUCAUUCUCUGUCUUUCACGCUGCCAUUUACAAAUAAACAUAAUAUUCCAAGGACAGAGGGGCUGCUGGAUGCAAGCCCAGUGGCUAAUUUACACAUGGGAGACCAGAGGUUUUGGAAAACUACAAACAUUCACACAGGCUAAGGAAUAAAAAAACACCCAAAGCACAUUUUAACUUGAAGAUUUUUCAAAUAACAAUCACCCACACACACUUGAGCGCAGAUGCACAUCCUUCAGAUAUGAGAUUCCUUGGAUGAACCUAAACUGUAUAUUAAUUAAAAUGCCCAUCUCAGUCCCCUGGCAAUCUCUUUUGUAUAGCCAGACAUUGCCUGGGCCUCUUUUUGCAGUUUUCCUCGCUGCCUGAGAAGGUCCUGCUUUCUAAACACCAGGCUCAAAAUAUGCAACCAUGAGAGGCGGCAGCUUUACCUGGAGCUGCACGUUUUAGUAUUCGGUAGCAUUAACUCAGGAUAGCUCCAGUUUGUAGCCAUCAGUACAUACUUGAAGAGACCACCCGUCGUUUCUUCUUCCUGCUUAUGCAAAGCGUAUUCGGAAAGCAAGCUGGAGGAAACGACUCCCAGCACUCAGUCAUCCAACUAGUUCACUUGCUUCAUGCCUCUGCACUGAUUAGGUGCGUCUUAUUGUCAGUAAAACUCACAUUUGUCCACAGUCUUGCCUUUUCUCUAUUUCAGUCUAAAUUUAUAAUGUUUAGAAAAUACCGUGUUGUAAAAUGGGUGGCUUGUUGGUGCAAAGAUCUGAAUUCAGUUCCUCUCUGGUUCACUAUCACGGUGGAGUUUGCGUGUUCUCCCUGUGUUCAGGUUCAUCUUUUCCGUGUAUUUGAAUUUUCUAUCACACUAGAGGCCUGUGGUCCUAAAAUAAAGAUGGCUCCUAUAGAGCAAGAUCAGCUCUUCAAUUUUGGCAACACACACUUUUGUUUUCUCCAUGAAAAAAAAUGCAGCUGCACAGUGAUCACAUCAAUAAUGUAACUUUCAAAAGUAGUGCCUGGUUGUCAGCACGCAUUUCUCUCUUGUUCGCCUUCUUGCAUUCUGCAUCCAGUAUUAAUCGCCUCCUCUGAUGUGCCUGAUGCUUAGCAGAUGUCACUGCUGCUUUUCCUUCUUUCUAUACUAGAGUUCUUCAUUCACAAUCAAUGAUCAAUAAACACAAUACUUACACUUGACGAUGAAUUCAGAAGACAUAUACAACAUGGUAUAGUUAUUUUUUUCUGCUAACCCUCAACUCUUGUCACUUUAUCGAUCAUUUUAAUUUUCAGAAGUUGCAGCAAACCUUCCGGAAUGUAUCAGGUCAUAAGCUUUCAAUAAAGACCAAGAUGAAUGCUCUAGCCCCAGUAGUUUGCAAGUACCAGCAGGUUGCCACACCAUAUGUGCUUGCCGCAGCUGUCAUUCUUCAUCUUCUGAUCAUGUAACUGGUUUUUGCAAUUUGCUCCAUGCCCAGCAGAUGCCGCUGCUCUUCUGUUUUUUUUCUGCAUGUCAUCUUCUUGAUCAGUUCGCUGUAAGGAACACACAAAUCCAACUCACUUUGGUGAGAUUUGCGCUUCCUCCAAACAUGCUAACAGCACGUAUCGAAUCAUAAGCUUUUGAUUAAGACCAAGAUUGAGGCCCUAGCCCCAGUAGCUCACAAUUAAUUGCAUGACAGACGGACAGACCGUAUCAUUUUAUACAUAAACCAUAGAUUCCUCCCAUGUAUGAAAGACCAGCUCAACUAAUAGAAGAAUCAGAGUUGGCCUGCUGUGUUAUGAAUAGGCCAUCAAUUGUUCUGGUGUCCCAUCCAGUCCACUUAAUGGCUUGUACCCAUUGCAACAUUCUACAACUCUGAAAAAUAGAAAACCCCAACUCAGAAUACGGACUGAGCGGUCAUCUAAGCAGCUAUGGAAAAAGCAUCGUUAUUGCACUUCAGUUGUACAUUUCUGCCUCAUAACAAAACAUUACCUUAAGUGCUACGUUAAAAAAUCUUAAUUAACGGUAGCCAAAAAUGUAAACUAAUUCAAUAUGUUAAAUCUAAUUAAUUGUUAAUCUUCAGAGCACAAUAUCAUAAAGUGCAUUAAAAGCAAACCACCGUACAGUUCAGAGUGAUGUGGUAAAGAUGAGUAAGCUGUUCAGCUAGACUAAGCAAAGAAAAUAAGAUGGAGUGAAAUCUCAACCGACCUGGCCACAGACUGGUUGAAGUUCCCUUGUUCUCUUCUUGCACGUGUGGGUUACAUCUUGUGUUUCUUUACACACGGCCACAAUUUUUUAAUGCUACAGCAUGCGAUAUUUUAUAGUAACAUGCAAAGAAGCGAACCAGGAUAUCCGUUCCCUCUCAAGUCCCCCCACAAAGGACAGACGGCAAAACAGCACUUAGGCAAAUCCUUUGUAAAUCGACAUUAAAGUGGACUAUUCUUUUGUCUUACGGCCACUCUUCACAAACGUCAUUCAUGGACUGUGUGAGGAAACGAGCAGGUGACCACCUGCAGGGGAGCAAAGCCACACAGUAACAUAAAAGGAACUGGGCUAAAUAGCAAGGCACAAGAUAAGUAGACACUAGGUGUGGUGAGGACAACGUAUGAUGAUGAUGAUUCACCCGUGGAUGGUCCAGAUUUUACCAGGCAACUGCUGAAUCCGACACUGAGACUUAGAAAACAGAGCAGCAUUUCCCAGGGCCAACUUUACAGUCGGUCAUAAAUGGGCCUUCCACUGCUGCAGCUGUCUGUGUGUCGGUCCUUCCUUCUCCAUCUCUUGGGGGGAAAAAAAAAACAGCAUGUUGGACAAUAAAGUGGACUGGCAGCUGCCAUCUUCACACAUUUGUACCACUGGAUGACAGUGGAGAACAGAUGGGAAUAAACUAAAAUCAGCUUCUUUUCAGUACCACUUUUGACUUUGAUGCCAUUCGAGUGUUGUGGUUUGUAGCAAUUUAAAUGAACUCUCAAUGUGUUUUUAAUAAUCUAGCUGUACGUAGUGCGCUAUUUAAAACAGGCACACGGUCAAGUAUCCCACGCAAUUUUUUAAAAAAUUCAACAAUAUAUGUCUCUUCAGCUUCAUGAAUUAAUAAUUUGCAUGUGAUUCAAUUGUUUAUAUAAACAUGCUAAUUUAGUAAAUAGAUUUUCAAGAUGAGUCCUGUAAUGAAUAUUUUUACUACAUAUAAAUAGGUAAUUAUAUUGCACAAUAGCGAGUAAUGCUCAGAUGACAAUGUAAUUGAAGAUUUUGGCAUGCCAGGCCAGGCCUUCGAGGGAGCACUGGUUUCCUCCAAAUCCCAACAGCCAAACGUUAAUUUAGGUUCCACCACCAGUGAGUGUGGGUGUGCCCUGUGAUGGACUUGUGCCCCAUUUGAGGUUGAUUCACACUUUGGAAGUGACCCUGAGCUGGAAAAUGGAUGGAAAUCUUGCAAAUGAGAUGAGGCCCUUGAAGUAAUGUACCACCCAAACAUGACCAUUUUUGUUUUUAUCUGUUACUUACCCCAUGUGGUUUGUAGUGAUGGCUGAGGAAAAAAAAAAAAUAAGUUCAUGGCUUCAUCAAGAAUGGAGAAACAUAACUCCUGACAGAAUGGGUGUCUAUGGAGAACAAUACAGGAGGACAGCAAACAAUAUGAAAAACAUCCAUGAAAGAACCUCACAUUACUCGUGUUGCAUAAUUUACACAUCAACUCAUCCACUCGUAUGCUCACAAUGUGCAAAGUACAUGCAUUAUUAAAAAAAUAUAUAUUUUAAAAUAAAUGGAAUGGGUGGGGCAGUGGGAGCUCUGCUGCCUCCAGUAAGACCAGGGUUCACUUCCCAUCUCCUCCCGGUUUGGAGUUUGCAAGAUCUCCGUGUGGCAGUCGGGGUUUUCUGCAAGUGCUCUGCUUUCCCGUGUGUGUGUGUUUGAGUGUGAUGGACUGGCACCCUGUCCAGUGGUUGUUCCUGCCUUGUGCUCACUGGCGUAGGCUUCCACCACCAUGACCCUGCUGAGGAUUAAGCAGGCUUAGAAAAUGGAAUGGUAUAGUACUUCUGGAAAUUCAGAGUGGUGCAUGAGCAGGAAACGCAUUCAGAUGGGAUCAAGCCUUUGGAAGAGCAAUGAGGAAAGGAGGAAGGCGGAAGAUGUCUUCAAUCCCGCUUGAAUGUGUUUUCUGUUCAUGCACCACUCUGAUUUUCUGUAAGUAUUUAUUUUAACAUUUUUUCACCAGAAAAUGCCUGUGUUUUGAAUGUUGUGCACACACAACUGAAAGAGACGACACGUGGGUUAUGCGACACGAGUAACGUGAGAUUUUUUCAUGGAUGUUUUUGGUAUUGUUUGCUGUUGUCCAGCAUUUGCCUGCAUAGAUGCCUAGUCUGUCAGAAGCUCUGUUAUUUUGCUUGACCACGAAACCAUGAGAUUAAAAGAUUUUCUUGGACGUCACUACAAUCCAAUUGAGGUAAAUAACAUAUACAAAAUUAUUAUUAUUAGGUGGAGACUUCCUUUAAGGACCAAACCAGGUUGAAUGUGACUGUCUCCCUUAGUGAUAUUAGAUGCCAUUUGUUUUUACCAUUUUGCCACACUCCUGUCAACAUUAAAUCAUUAAUUACAUUUACUGUAUAUAGUGCUCUUCUUACAUAGACAAUGGAGAGCCAUUGAACCACCACCAAUGCAUAACAUCCACCUGGAUGAUGCAACGGCAUUUAGCUAUUAGGCAGCGAAUGAGAGAGAGAGGGGGAUGAUUAGGGGGUCGGAAUGACCAAGCUGUGGUGGGCAGUUCAGUCAGGACAUUGGGAUACACCCUACUCUUUUCGAAAGAUGUCCAAGUAUCUUUUAGGACCACAGAGAGUCAGGACCUCGCUUUCAUGUCUCAUCUGAAGGAUGGCACCGUAUUUAGAGCACAGUGUCCCCGUCACUGCAUACCACACACAGACCACAGGGUAACAGCCCCCUGAUGGGCUUACCUACACCUCUUUCAGCAACAAACCAAGCUGGCCAGGUCCAAAACCUGCUUAGCUUCAGGUGGAUGAGCUGUUCUGACAGAGGGCCUUUGUGGCUGAAUGACAUACCACUCCUUUUCAUGGCAGUGGCACUGUCAAGAAAUUGAAGCAUUUGGAUAUUAACUCUUUGAGGGCUGAAUAUUUUUUUCCCAAAACAUGCAGUUUUCUGAAAACCACCCAAAGCAAGGGUCUCACCCAUACAUCAACCCAAAAUAUCAGUUUCUGGGUGCUAUGGCUGCUCGACAAGCCAUACAGCUGGCAGGAAUGCGUCGCAGGCUGGCUGUCUUCGCAUGACGGGGACGGCAGCAGCAGUCACAAUGCAAUGUGGUUUGUAACUCGUGUCAUCAUGAGUGGUGGUCUUCAUCUACACAAACGUGUUCAGCACCACAGUUAGCUGGAGAUCGAUCACCUGACGCCGGUACCUCACUUUCGUUUUUGAACUCCAGAUCACUUGCAUGAGAAUUGGAGUCUGACAGGUCAGAGUCCAAUUCAGCGAUAAUAUACAAAAUGUCAUCAUCCAUGGAGUACUUUGUGCAUUCGCUUCGAUCUCUCGCCAGAUGUCGAUCCCAUUUUUGACGUUGCUUGCUCUUCGCUAUGCCCACAAGCGCAUGGGAAUCUUGGUCAGACCAACGAAGCUAACUUUCCUUCUAGCAAAGAGAGUCGAACUAAAACGUAAUGGCAGGUUUUGUCACCACUUGAAGUUGCUUACUGCUCUCAACGCCUCCUGCUGACAUCCGUCCUGAAAGAGUUAACAAAGUAAUGCCUGCAAGUAGAAGGUGACCUCUUGGUUCUUGCUAACCCUUAAUGAAUCUUAUAGUAGACCCAUCAGUCUGUGGGCAGUCCAAGUGAUUUUCUUUUUUAUUACUAUUGUGAAGACUACAAAAAAGCAACAAAUUAUUCAGUGGGUUUAUGUCUGCAUUGUAUUAUGGAUCAUACACAUUUCAUGAGUAGGAAAGCAUAAUUUCAAUCUAGCAUUAAAGUCACAUCAUCAUUUUCCUGGAGAUGAAGGGAGUCAUGCAUCAUCAUUUGUGUGAAGUGUUUUUAUUUCCCACAACUGGUGAUGCGUCUCCAUAGACCAUUUCCAUAAGGAAAAACAUUGCAGUGGGAACCGAGCCUGACUGACGCUGCAAGACGUUUGACAAAACCUCUCAUCUUCCAAAUCUAGGCGAUGUUCUGCUCACAUACUUCCAUAAAAAAAUACCUGCCAACGUCACCCUGCAGCUUACAGGUCUGUGUGAGCGCAGCCUCCUUCAUUUAUGCAGGGUGUGGAACCCCUCGGGGGGUAAAGGCUGUGAUGUCCUUCUGUUAAAAAAAUAAAUUUAUAUGGCAACUGGCAUUAAUGCACUUGUACAAAGUGUCGACACUCUGAGGUGCACAUGUUGUGGAAAAUGUCCAACUCAACAGAUUCAGUGGGAAAGUGGCAUUUAGAAGGUCUUUCAGCUCAAGCAGAACUGCACCUUUGGUAACAUAAACAGUAAGAGGUGGGAUGUGCGCAGCCUCACUUUGUGAUUGGAAUGGUUAGAGUGCCCCCAAGCUGCGGUCGCAUUCCUUUAUUAAUCUGAAGGGGCCUAUUGAUGGGAAAGCGUGUGUAGAAUUUUAUCAUUUGAGCUGCAGGGCUUUGCUGGACUUUACUGGGAACAAAGUGACAGUCACAACCGAGGCAUCUUACAUGCACACUUAGGGCGAGGGAUUGACUUUGCCAUAUUUAUUCCGGCACACUAAUACAAAAUUUAAAAUUACGAUCCUGACUCCUGCAUUUCCAAAGCCUGCUAUGUCACCGUUUUUGCUUUCUGGAGCAGCAGGGGAGAGCAGACAUGCUGCUGUAAGAGAGCCUGGGCCGCCCGGACUCUUGGGGCGGGUGGGGGGGGGAAUCAAACCCUGGAGGGUGAUGUGACAGAAGAGACUCAAAGCACAUAUCCCAUCCAAGUACAGGCAAGGGCAUUUGAAAACAUAUUUCUGUAAAAUGAGAGCUCAUGACAAGUGGAUUAAGAACACAGGAUUGGUGGUUAUGGUGGAAUGCUGAAAACAGGAAAAAAAAUUCUGUUCAGAAGGCUGAUGGUUUUAUCAUAAUGGGACUAAAGAACAAAAAAUCUUAAUUUAAGCCAUUCACCAACUGUUUUUGCCAAAUGUGCUUCUGUUCAGCAGCACUGGGGGUCUUUUCCCCCCAAGCUUGUCAGUGUUUGCACUUUGAUGGAGACCCUGAGGGGGUAACGUCCUCAGGCCGCCAUCUCCCUCCUCCUACCAGUCGUCACCAGUGUCCUUGGCUCAGAUGAGCUGAAAUGUAAAGUUUAUUUUUUUUUUUGUUUAAGUCAAUCCCAAUUGGUAAAUAUUUUUAAACAAUUUUCCAAGGUACUGUUCUGAUCUGCAUAUUUUUUUUAUCUGAAUGUGGUGCCAGUUUCUACAGUGUCCUGGAGCUCAGCACAUGUAAAUGCUUGCCAAAAAAAAACAAAACAAAACAAAAAAAAAAUAAGCCUCGCUAAUGUCCUUUCCUUAGCUGUGCCAGCCUAUUUUUUUCCCCAUUUUGUAAUCCCUGUGCUUACAUGGACCAGUAUAGUGCCGUGACUUACGCUAUUGAUGGAUCUGCCCACCACCACCACCCCCAAAAAUGGGUCAAAUUCAUUCACACUUGAAAGCAGGGCAAAAAAAAAAAUGACACACUGUGAUUUCUGCAAUCAAAAUGGGUGGGGGAUGAUGGGGUGGGGUGGGGGGGUUGGGGGGAUUGGAGAUAGGUGUGUUUCUUUAAAAGAUGAUUAAGAUUACUCUUGUGUAAUAUAGACAAUUAAAAGACAGUGUAUAGAUCUAUUUUGUCUUAUAGUCAAAAAAAAGAGAGAAACUGGACUAUGGUAGCAGCUAGCAAAAUUUAAAAAAAAAAAAAAAAAAGGUUCAAUUAAAUCUUAGUUUUAAUGUUUCACACUGGAACCCAUCCCGUCGUGUUAGGGGCAGGGCCUGAUUCUUCUGUAAAAAAGCUGUACGUUUUCAUGACCCCACUCCUGGCCACUCUCACCCACCGGGCAGCGUCUUUCUGAGGCUCCUCCUCAUCCAUUUGACUUUUCUUCCCCACCUAAAACUAAAAGCAGCAGCAGGUUAAGUAGGAAAGGCAGUAGUUUGUAGGGACAUUGCCCCUCCGUCUCCAGGCCCGACUGGUGUUUUGGUUUGGCAGGUAUCCCGAACGUUCUCGAAUCAGGAGUGGACCUCCAUGUCUCUGCAUCCGGGUCUCACGCCUACAUAGUAUCUCAAGCUCGGACUUUUUAGUUUUGCUUCUCACGGUUGAUAAAAGAAUUGGUUACUGCACUUGGAUUGGGUUUUGGCCUUUUGGAUUACUGGGUUGAAUCUUUAUUUCUUUAAAGCUACAAAAGGUUGUCCAUUUCGGGUGUGAAAAGACUGCAGUGAGUGCCAAAAAACAGAAUAGGACCAGAAGAGAAGACGUAAAUAAGAAAACAGGCAAAGAUUCACAACCGGCAGGUCAAACACACAGUCGUCAAGCCAAAACUCAAAUUUCAAAAUAGAAUCAAUACUUCAUUUGCAUGGAUUCGUUUGUCAAGAACACAAUAAAAAAGUACAACGUGCCAGUCUGUUGGUUUUCACUCUGUAAACUUGCAUGACUACGAAGUGUCCGUCGUGACGUUUAUACUCAGAACCCCGUGGUCUCACUUCAGGCUUGUCUGCCUAACAGUGCUGUAGUGAUAGCUCUACAAAAUGGUGGCUCCGGCUUCUUACGGGUUAUAAAAAAAUUCAGUUAUUGUAUUUGUGUUGGGUUUUGACACUUUGGAUUAGUGGGUUGAGCCUUUACUUCCUUAAAGCUACAAAAGGUUGUCCAUUUUAGGUGCGAAAAGACCCCAAUAAGUACACUCGCUGUUCUGCCAGAAUGAAUGAAUCAGAAAAUAAUUUAGGAAAACACCAGAAGACGUGAACAAGAAAACAGGCAAAGAUUCACAACCGGCAGGUCAAACACACAGUCGGCAAGCCAAAACUCAAAUUUCAAAAUAUAGACACAAUACUUCGUUUGCAUGGAUUCAUUUGCCAAGAACACAAUCAAAUGAAAAUGUCUCAGUUUUUACUCUAUAAACUCAAGAGGAAUAGGAAGUGUUUAUACCUGUGAUCCCAUGAUGUCACAGACGCUAAUUUCCAGGUUGUUUAUCUAGCAAUGGUGUAGCGAUCGCUCCACAAAAUGGCGGCACCUGAAAUAAACAAAAUGGCGGCACCAAAAAUAAUUUAACCGCACGAAAUACAUUCAAUCAAGGAAAGAACUGAAAUGUACGUUAUUAAUCUGAAAAGGUCCACACAAGUACAAGAAGAUAAAUCAAAAAACGAAAUUAGAAAUUAAAGAUUAGAAAUUAAACCAAAUCAGAACACCUACAUCUCAUGCCAUCCCAGAGAAGGGAGUCCAUGUUUCUGUUUACCUGAUUGGGUUUAAUUCAUGCCAAGCACAGACCAACAUUUUAGCAGUCACACUUUAGGAACAUAUCAAAGGCCUUCCCCAUUGUGAUGCCUCCAAAUGGUUACGGGAUACGUGUCAUGCCAGUUACAAAAUUUGAACCAGUUAGCAAACAAUUAGGAUUAAAAUUGGUAAAAUGGGCAAGAAAGCGAGGAGGGUAAUUAGGAGUUGUCAGACAAUAAGGGUGACAAAAAGGAAACAAAAGUUUGGGAAACUUACUUUUGUGAUUGUUCAGGCAACUAAAGCAUCAGAAAGGCUCUGCCCAGUGCUGUCGAGGUGGUGACCGCUGCUGUCUCUUUUGCUUCUAAACCUUACCAGUUAACCUUCAGGUAGAAUGGCAUGAGGUCAAAAGCAAAACUCACCCCUUCAUGGAAAAUGGCCACUCCGCAUUCUUCUAGGGCAGUCCCAGUAGGAGAGACCUGCUAAUAAAUCAAUGUGUAAAUAUACUGCCUUUAAUGUUGUGCCUCUAACAGACUGGCGUGCUGUUCCCAAACUGUGCCAUUUCGUCCUGUACACGUGACCUCUGUUUUAGUUCAUUUUAUUUUCAUUUAUUUAGUUUUAUUAUUAUUAUUUUGUCUGUCAACUUGUCUUGAAAAUAUUUAUUAUUUUUUUCACCUCUUUGUUUCCAAAUGAAUUGUGUGCUUCAUCAACUUCCAUUUUCUAUACGUUGUUGUAAACCCAUUUUGUACAGAAAAAACUGCCAAGAAAAGGUGUUUAAAAAAACUAAUAAACUUUUAAUGUUAAAAAAAAAAAAA